AUGUUCCGUCGACGUGGAUGCUACGUUUGUGGCCAGCAGGGCCAUCUGGCGCAGAACUGCUCCUUCCCCGACCGUCGAUGCUUCAACUGCCUCGAAGCGUCGCACGAAUCCUCCUCCUGUCCGCAUCCGCCCAACCCCGCGACCAAGUCGUGCCACAACUGCGGCGGCGCUGGCCACCUCAAAGCGGACUGUCCGACGGCCUCCACGGCCGAAUGCUACGGAUGCGGCGGCAAGGGUCACGUCAAAGCCAACUGCCCCACCGUCGAGAAGGAGAAGAAGUGUCACGGCUGCGGUGGCACCGGUCACAUCCGGGCCAAUUGCGCCAGUGUCGGUGUAGCGGGGGUGAGAUGUAGAAGGUGCGGUGGGGCGAAUCACUUUGCCAAGGAUUGCAAGGCCUCCGCUCCCACCGGUGCAGGAGCAAGGGGUCCCAAGACGUGUUAUAGUUGCAAUCAGCAGGGUCAUAUUGCGAGGGAGUGCCCUAAUGCUGCUGAGGCGCCGGGGAGUGCCCCUGGUGCUGCGCUGACUGCGUAG